CCUGCUGCCAUCAGCGCGCCCUCCUUGGGCAAUCAAAAUACUGACUAACCAAAAGCUCUUAGUGUCGCACCACAAUCAAAAUGGGGCCUCUGGUCACUGAGGAACAGUCAUCACGUAUCUUAUUUGUAACGAACUUACAUUUGUACUAUUUCAUUUUAUGUGGACUAUUUUGUCCUUAGCAAUCUGUGGGUGGAAUACUGGCGGUGGCUAGCGGUUGUGACCUCUCCAUGUCGGUGGCUGUUGUGACUGGAGCCAAUCGUAUCCCGGGCAUCGGUUAUGAGAUCGCACGGGGAUUGGCUCAUCGACUCCCAGAAGGAAGUAGCGUGGUGUUGACUGCCAGAGUGCCGGAGAUGGGCACGGAGGCCAUCGAAACGCUCAAAGAAGAGGUCGGGAAACGAGUGGAAGUGCUGUUUCAUCAGCUUGACAUUGGAGAUGCAGCGUCAGUGGAAGAACUGCGUAAGUUCAUCUCAAGCAAGUUCGGAGCCAUUGAUGUGCUUGUGAACAAUGCAGGAUUAGCAUUUCCUUUGUCAGACCCCACACCGUUCAAAGAUCAGGCAAGACAGAGUAUCGACGUAAACUAUUACGGCACAAAACGCAUGCUGACCAUUUUGCGGCCGCUCUUAAAGCCACACUCCCGGGCAGUCGGGAUCUCCUCUACUAUGGGUCAGUUGAGUUCCUGGUCUCAAUCCUUGCAAGAGCAGCUUUUGUCUGACUCGUUAACACUAGAAGGCUUGGAUACCAUUGCCGAAGACUUUGUGAAAGCAGCUCAAUUGGGACAACAUCGGGAGAAAGGCUUUCCUGGCUCCGCCUACGGAACCUCCAAGGCUCUGAUGACUCAAUUGCACCGUGUUUUGGCCAAAGAGGGCCCGCCUCCCGGCCUCCUGUGCUCAGUUUGUCCUGGGCUGUGCCGAACUUACAUGGCUACAGGUCGUGGCACCUUCAUGAGCAAUGUGCUUUGGCUGGCCUCUUUUGUGGUCGGCAGUUCCGCAGAAGGAGGUGCGGAUACGCCCCUUUGGCUUUGCACAGAGCUUCCUGAAGCGGAUUUUCCUACGCAUCAUGGCCGUUUCCUGCGAGGGCGCACGGUGAGCAGCUAUUGAUCUGUGAGUCGAACAUAGCGGUGCCAAAAGUGCUGACUUGAUCAGGACGAUGAUCUAAACAAGCUGAUACAAGCUGUUUGAAGCUUUCACGAGAGAAAAGAGAAGACUGCAAGAGUCAAGAGUAGCUUUGCAUCACAAUGAUCAGGGACCAAUCCCUGUACCAAGGAUGUGGAAUACAAAGAUGUCACUGCCUUGGGCUCCGUUUCACGCUAGUCACUGGCAUGUCAGAAUUUGGGCUGGUAAUUGAGUUAGUUGCUAGCCAGCAUAUGUUAGAUGAGUGAUUCUUUCAAGUCAAUGGCGAUGGCUUCUACUGAAAGCUAUGAAACGCAGAC